UAAAAAGGGUGACUGAAUGAGUGGAGCAUGAGUUCGAUUCUGAUUACUUAUUAGCACUCUUGAUAUCCACUUGUAAGCAACCUGGGAUGAUACUUAUAAGUUUGAUUCUUUUCAACAAUCGCACAACUGCCGGAUAAUUACUGACAUUGAUACAGAGCACCAGUAGUUUGCCAAGGCGAUGCAAAGAGAGUAGAUUUUCAAUUCGGAGCGUUUUGGCUGUUUUAAGCUUGUAGUUCGAUUGAACAAAGAUGGUAUUUCUGAACCCAACAAAAAUUCUAAUGAACCCAGUUUUUGCAUUUGGAAGGUUUUGAAAAUGUCUUUGUUUGGGUGGCUAGCUAAUCAUUGCAUGGAUUUUUUUAUUAAUAAGAAUUUUCUUAUGACAAUGUAUGAGUUGACUUUAUGAGAGUUAAUAAUUGUUUAAGCUUCCUUCCAUCCAAAUUCCACAAUCAGACAAAAUUUCAACCAUUGUGCAGCACCCCCCUGGAAAGAAUCAGUUGACUUUCGAAUUCUCCGCUGCGUUACAAAAAAUGGCAACUUUACAAAGAGCAUGAAAGCCCAGGUCUGCAGAAAACGAGUAGUAACAACCAACUUGCCUCAUCAGCUUCUUCAUCUCGGCCAUGGCUGAUGCCACAUCAUCUUCCUCACUUCCUCGCUGGUCAUAUGACGUUUUCUUGAGUUUUAGAGGCGAAGACACGCGAAGGUCCUUUGUGGAUCACCUCUACUCCGCGCUGUGCCGGGUUGGAGUUAACACGUUCAGAGACUCGGAAGAGCUCCGGAAAGGAGAGGACAUCUCUGUUGAGCUCUUGAAAGCCAUUGAACAGUCCAAGGUUUCCAUCAUCGUAUUCUCCGAAACCUACGUCUCCUCCAGAUGGUGCCUUGAAGAACUGGUGAAGAUCUUGGAAUGCAAGGAGAGGCUAAAGCAAGUGGUUCUUCCUGUAUUCUACCAUGUCCAUCCUUCCGAGGUCCGCAAACAAACGGGUGGAUUUGGUGAUGCUUUGACUCAACACAGACAACGGUUUACCAAUGAAAAAGUUAAUGAGUGGAAAGCUGCACUCACUGAGGUUGCAAAUUUCUCAGGUUGGGAUUUGCAGAAUGUUGCAGACGGGUAUGAAUCAAAGCUUAUUGAUAAAAUAAUUGGGAAAGUGUUAUUGGAGGUAAACUGUACAUACAUGAAUGUUGCAAAACACCCGGUUGGGAUUGAUAUCCGAGCCAAAGAACUACUUUCAGUCUUGCAACUGGGAACAAAUGACGAGGUUCGAAUGAUUGGAAUUUAUGGCAUGGGAGGUAUAGGGAAAACUACCCUUGCUAAAUCUGUAUACAAUCAAACAUUUCAAAUGUUUGAGGGUAGUUGCUUCCUUGCAAAUGUUAGAUCAGAAGCCUCCGAGAAACAUGCUGGUCUAACUCAUUUACAGCAGAAACUUCUCUGCAAAACUCUCAAGAAAAAGAAAUUUCAAGUUGAUAAUGUGGAUGAAGGAAUUAGUUUGAUAAAAGCGAGGCUGGGAUCAAAAAGGGUUCUCGUCGUUCUUGAUGAUGUAGACCAUAUAAGUCAAUUGGAAUCGCUUGCAGGACAAAGGGACUGGUUUGGUUCAAGCAGUCGAGUCAUCAUAACAACUAGAGAUGCUCAUUUGUUGAGUGACCUUAGAACGGAUGAGAAGUAUGAGAUGCAAAGGUUAAGCUCAAAUGAAUCUCUGCAGCUCUUUAGUUGGCAUGCUUUUGGUUGUUUUCCCCCCGCAAAAGGCUACAAUGUGCUGUCAAAAGGAAUUGUAAAUUAUGCUGCAGGGCUUCCGUUAGCACUUGUGGUUUUAGGCUCACACUUUCGUGGAAGAUCAAAACAAGAAUGGAUAUAUGAUUUCGAGAAAUUAAGACAAAUUCCCCAUGGCGAUGUUCAGAAAAUUCUUAGAAUAAGCUACGAUUCACUUGAUGAUGACACUCAGAAUAUCUUUCUAGAUAUUGCAUGUUUUUUCAUUGGAUCUGACAUACAAGAUGUUGUACCCAUAUUGAAUGGUUGUGGUUUCUACGCUGAAAGUGGAAUGAAAACUUUGGUUGAUAGAAGUUUGUUAACGGUUUGUAAAGAUGGUGAGCUUCAGAUGCACGAUUUAGUUCGAGACAUGGGAAGAGAAGUUGUUCGAAUGGAUUCACCCAGAGAUGUUGGGAAAAGAAGUCGAUUGUUUUUACCUGAUGAUGUCUCUCAAGUUCUUCAAGAAAACAAGGGCACCGAAGCAAUUGAAGGAAUGAUUAUACAUUCUCAAAUGUUAAAGAAUGUGCAGUUUAGUACCAAAUUGUUCUCAAGGAUGGUUAAAUUAAGGAUACUCAAAAUUGAUGGUGAUUUGCAUCUAAAAGGAUCUUUCAAGUACCUAUCCAGUGACCUUAGGUUGUUUUCUUGGAGAAAUUGCCAGUUAAGACACAUACCAUCUAGUUUUCGUUUGCAGAAACUUGUUUGUUUAGAUUUGCAAGGUAGCAAUAUAGAGGAAUUUCAACCUCGUUUGCAGCAUUUUAGUUGUUUGAAGAUCUUAAAACUUGAUGGUUGCGGAAAACUGAAAACAACCCCAGACUUCACCAGAGCACAAACUCUACAGAGGUUGUCCCUUACAUAUUGUUCUAAUUUGGUUGAAAUGCCAGAGUCAAUAGGGGAUUUGAAAAGCCUUGUGGAGUUAGAUUUAUCGUUUUGUUCUAAGCUGAGGGAACUGCCAAACAGCAUUUGCCAGUUGAAGGCCCUUGAGAAACUAAGCAUGUGGAGCUGUUCAGACAUCCAAUUGCCGACUGACUUGGGAAAAUUGGAGCGCCUAAGGGAGCUGGAUGUAAAUGUGAAUGCUUUUUCCCAUCUAUCAUUUUCUUGUGGAGAUUUAUGUUCCUUGAAGAUUCUGCGGGUCAACAACGACCAUGGGCACAAAGUUGGUCUUCCGCCAAUCUGUUUUGGGGGUUUAUCCUCAGUGGAAUAUGUGUACAUAAUUAGCAGUUACUGUCAUGUCUUGCCAUUUAACCUUUUUCAUCUUUCCAAUUUAAUCUCUCUCACAUUGGUUCACUGCACUAAUCUUAGAGUGGUCCAAGAAUUCCCUCCUAGCCUAAAAGAACUCUUUAUGUAUGGCUGUAUCUCACUGGAAUUGCUGCCGGAUCUGUCAAACUUAAAAAGACUCAACAUAUUGGAUCUUCAUGGAUGUGAAAGUUUGGUUCAGCUUCAAGGACUUGAGUUUCUUGAAUCUCUACAAGAAGUUGAUAUAAGGAAUUGCAGUGCCCUGAUUAGUUUUCCUUUGACUGAUGAAUUCUUCAAGGCUCAUUCUAAAGGUGAUAUUAUCGAGAUAUUCUUCACCCUCAAUGAAUUUCUAGAAUGGAAUAUCAGCCUUCUCCAAGGAGUUGGAUGUUCUUCAUCCACAGGUCUUCGAAUGCCAUUGCUUUUUGAGCAUGAGUUCAUAGGAAUGAUCUUUGGGUUUUUUGAUCAGGGGGCACAGUCUGUAAUUAUCAAUAACAGAACUACAAAUGCUGAGUUGCUUGAAUAUUGGGCGAUGGGUGGUGGGUGGAAAGUUGAGGAUGGUGAUAUAUGGUUGUUAUACAUACCGAAACACCAUUUUAGAGGCUCCAUAGAAUUUGGAGACAAACUGGAAGUGGUUGCAGAUACUCCUGAAAAGGGAUCAGACGAAGAACAAGAUGUGUUUCUAGAUACUCCUGAAAGAAAUCUGGCAUGCGAGUGCAAAAUUCAGCUAGGAAUAUAUCAGGACAAAGACGGGCAUCUGUUUUUCUUUCGUAUGAAUAGAAAUGUGGAGAUGGAUGACAUAAGUGAAUACACCACUUCGCCUAGAAGCUAUAACUAUCCACCCUCAUUCUCCAAUGAGGGAUCUGAUUUAGACAUAGACUAUGAUUCAAUAGGGGAAAUAGACACCAAUUCUUGUGUCUAUGAUUCAAUAGCGGAAAUAGACACAUACUCUUGUUCAAGUUAUACAGGUGAUUACAACAUUUCAUCUACUCCUGGUGUAUCCCGUUUUGAUGGUAGUUCGGCCACUUGUUCAUUUAGCAAUGCCACUACUGGUGAAUUGUUUGAUAGUCCUGGGGUAGUUGGUUUUGGUGGUAAUUUGUCUGUGUCGUCAUCCAGCAACGCCACUCCUGUCGUGUUCUGUUCUGGUGAUAGUUUUGUUGCUUCCUCAUCCAGCAUCACAACUCCCAGUGCAUUCAGUUUUGGUGCUUCCUUGUCCAGCAAUGCCACUCCCAGUGUAUUUAGUGGCAGUUGUAUUGCUUCCUCGUGCAGCAAAGCCAUUGCUAGUGUAUUCAGUUUCAGUGGAAACUCUAUUGCUUCCUCGCCCAGCAGUGCCACUCCCAGUGUAACCAGUUUCAAUGCCAAUUAUGUUACUUCCUCAUCUAGCAAUGGCAAUCCCAAUGUAUUCAGUUUCGGUGGCCGUUCAACUGCUUCCUUCCUUGAACAGCAAUGCAGCUCCCAGUGUAUUUAGUUUUAAUGGAAAUUCUAUUGCUUCCUCGUCCAGCAUCACCAUUCCCAGUGUAUUAAGUUUUAGUGCCAGUUCUAUUGCUUCCUCAAGCAGCAAAGCCACUGCUAGUGCAUUCAGUUUUAGUGGCAACUCUAUUACUUCCUCAGCCAGCAAUGUCAUGUCUAGUGUUUACAGUUUUAAUGGUAAUUCUAUUGCUUCAUCAUCCAGCAAUGCAACUCCCAGUGUAUUUAGUUUUGGUGGUUUUUCUACUGCUUCCUUGUACAGCAAUGCCACUCGGAGUGUAUUCAGUUUCAGUGGAAAUUCUAUUGCUUCCUCGUCUAGCAAUGCCACUCCCAGUGUAUUCAGUUUUGGUGGUUGUUCUACUGCUUCCUUGUACAGCAACGCCACUCGGAGUGUUUUCAGUUUCAGUGGCAAUUCUACUACUUCCUCCUCCAGCACCACCACCACUCCCACUGCAUUAUUCAGUUUUGGUGGCGGCUUGAUUGUUUCCUCGUCCAACAAUGCCACUCCAGGUGCAUUCAGUUUUACUGUCAAUUCUAUUGCUUCCAUGUUCAGCAGCACAACCCCCUGUGUAUAUAGCUUUAGUGCAAAUUCUACUGCUUCCUCAUCCAGUAGAUUUUGCAGUGUCCACACAGAUAUCUUGGCCAUCAGUGCUGGAGCAGGAUCAACAACCGACUUCACCUUUGGUGCCUCAAGAGGUCCCGGCUUUGCAUUUGGAUCAACUUCCAAUUCCAAUUCCCGGAGUGUGUUGGGAAAUUCUGUUUCCACAAUUGGACCAAGAAAUGGAAACAAUGGCUCAACAGAUAUGGAGGACAGCAUGGUUGAGUCAUCUGCAACUGCAAAAGCUUCUGCAUCAUCAUGUUGUUUCCCUUUCUCCCACUUCCUCUCUGUCUUGUUCAACACUUGCUUCUCUAAUCCAUUUCAAUCUGGUGGGCAGCAAAAUUCGUCUGCCUUUCAGGCAUCACAUUAUCUGGAAAUCGGAGAUGGAGGGAGCUUCUCAUUAGGCAGUGGAGGCCACAGCAAAUCAAGUCCAAAGAUUGCAACAGUUAGAAGAAGUAAGAAAGGAAGGAAGUGAUCCUUUGCCGGCUAGGGUCACAGGGUGAGGAAUAAACCUCAUAAAAAUAAAAAAAAAAAAAGAAAGGAAGGAAGUGAAAGCAAUAAGCAAAGCCAUUGCUCCAAUUCUGUGUCGCCCGCGACUCGUCCCGUCAGUUCCCAAGUUUCCACCCUGUCUGUACACUGUCCACAAGAAUGGAUCUUCAUCUUCUUUGAUCGGCCAAUAUUUUUCAACGAAGUGAUUGGCUCUGUGUAUUCUUAAAUGGAUUCUUAAAUGGUUUAAUGUAACACUCUCUGUGAAACUGCAUACAAUGGUGGAAACUACAGUCCUGCACAUAAAUCCAGGACAUUUUGGGACA